UCGACGGCUUCGGGCAUCUUCGGAGAUGAAAUGUGUCCUACAUUGGUUUGCCAGCUGGUCAGAUCCCCAGCGUGAGCGUUUCCUGCAUGACUUGGUAGCUAAGGCAGUGCCAGGCAAACUACAGCCCCUGUUAGAGGGAUUGGAACAGCUUAGUGUGUCUGGAGCAGACCGACCACCACGCAUCUUUGAUUGCCAGCUUCGACUCUGGGAUCAAUGGUUCCGAAGUUGGGCUGAGGAGGAGCGCAAUGAGUUUGUCAGACAACUGGAGACCAGUGAGCCAGACUUUGUAGCAAAGUUUUAUCAAGCAGUAGCAGCCACAGCUGCCUUCCAGCAGGGGAUCUGAUGAGCAUUGCCCCUUGUCAAAGUGAAGAUAAUGACAGCCCAGCCCACUGUGGAAAAGAGCAAGGAAUGAAACUAAGGUCAGAGGCAACUCUUGUCCACCACUGUCUGAAUGCAGUGCACACACCUGCCAACACAGAAGAAGUGUGAUGAGCCAGCUCUACAGGAUGUCACCAAUCCAAAGUUCAAACCAGAUCCUGCUUAGAGGAUUGAAAAGGAAGUUGGAAGAAGGCCAUAACAUUUCCCUCCUCUCCCAUUACUGCUGUUAAAUUUGGGAUUAAAAUAUUUGUGCUAUGUAUUUCAGGGUUGUAAGGCAAACACAAGGUGUAC